AUGUUUAACGCCGAAAAGCAAGUGGCGGCAGCGCAAAAAGCCCAAGCUGUUCACCAGCUCGCUCUGGACAGCCGCGGCUCCGAUGCUGCGCUAGCGCAGAACCAGGGCGAUAUGAUUAAGCCGGUUCCCAAGCACACGCUCUUCUUCGUGAACAAGAACCCGAGGGGCUACAAGUUUCAGUACGAGAGUUGGUACUUCCUCCACGGUGAAACACUGAGGUCAGCCUUCGGCUCAGACUUAGCGAAGCGCCUGGUAGACGAAGGUCUCAUUCUGUCCGAUGAAAUUGAGGAAGACGCCACCGAGGCUGAGCCAGUGGCACCGAGCAACCACUUCCAAGAGAAGGCGAAGUCGCCUAUACCGCAGCCCCUAGCGAACGAGCCCCAAGAGCCAGCGACCAAGCCAUUCGCAUCCAAGAAUGAGCUGCCCGACAAGCCUGCGCCCAAGCGUAUCAACGAGUCCAAGUGGGCUUCUAAGAAGUCCAACACCGUGGCGGGCGCGGGUGCCCUCACGAACAACCGACCUUCUACACGACAAGGCCCACCUUUGUAA